UUCGUAUUUUCUCGGAGGUUUUUGUCCUUUCCGGGGCUCCGUAGUCCUUCCUCCUCUCUACCUGUUAGGUGUUAAAGAUGGCGGAAGCUCCUCCGUGGCCCAGCCGGUUCUUCUGUCACAGAUGCUCCGCGGAGAUCAGCCCUCGGCUUCCCGAGUACACGUGUCCGAGAUGUGACUCCGGGUUUAUCGAGGAGCUACUGGAGGAGAGGAGCGCCGACAAUGGCGCCACGUCUACCAUCUCCAGCGGGCCCCAGAACCAGCAACCAUUUGAGAAUCCGGACCAGCACAUGUUUACGUUCCCGUCCGGCUACGGCCAGUUUGCCCUGGGAGUCUUCGACGACCGCUUCGACUUUGGGGCCGGCCUCGGACCGGAGGAUAACAGAGAUGCUGAAAACAGGCGAGAAAGGGAGACGGCGUCGCGGCAGCGAUACGGUGCCAGGCAGCCCAGAAGUCGCCACGGCUCAAGGCGGCAGGCAGGGAGGCACGAGGGAGUUCCCACGCUGGAGGGAAUCAUUCAGCAGCUCGUGAAUGGAAUAAUUGCACCGACUGCAAUGCCAAAUAUUGGUGUUGGACCCUGGGGUGUUCUUCACUCAAAUCCUAUGGAUUAUGCCUGGGGGGCUAAUGGACUAGAUGCAAUUAUAACUCAGUUAUUAAACCAAUUUGAGAACACGGGACCUCCGCCAGCCGACAGGGAUAAAAUAAAAACCCUUCCUACAGUACAAAUUACAGAAGAGCAUGUUGCGUCGGCACUGGAAUGCCCCGUGUGUAAAGAAGAUUACAGUGUUGGAGAAAAUGUGAGGCAGCUCCCGUGCAAUCACAUGUUCCACAAUGAUUGCAUCGUGCCGUGGCUAGAACAGCAUGACACUUGUCCGGUGUGCAGGAAAAGCUUGUGUGGACAGAACACUGCAACGAACCCUCCGGAGCUAUCAGGGAUGAACUUUACCUCCUCUUCUUCCUCCUCCUCCUCUUCCUCGACCCCUCAGUCCUCGAGUUCGGCCAGCAACGAGAACUCCACGGAUAACUCCUAGGGGGCCCGUGAGCUGCUCGCGGCUCCUCGGGCCGCUGUCCUUCGGAGCGGUGACCUCCAGUCUCUCCCUGCUGUGGGGGCAGAGACCCGAGUGCAUCUCGCCAGGAGCGCUCAGGCCUGAUUCGAUGUGGGGUU